CUCCAUACUUCAAAAAUGGGAGGAGUCACCUCAAAAGUCAAUGUUGAUGUUGUACAGGAACAGGUGAAAAAGGAUCCAGUUGUGAUGUACACAAAAACAUCAUGCACAUUCUGUAAUCGAGCAAAAGAUCUAUUUUCCGAUGUUCGUGUUGCUUAUAAAGAAGUGAAUUUGGACACUUUGAAGGCAUCUCAACCGGAUGAUUAUUUGGGAAUUGUCAAUGGACUUGUAUAUACUACACGACAGACCAGUGUGCCACAGAUCUUUGUCUGCGGUCGUUUCAUCGGUGGAUACACUGAGCUGGAUGCUCUCCGCAACUCUGGACACCUCUUCGAAGCAAUUGCUCAGUGCACGGGAGAGAAUUCGCCGAAAGAAUAAACUUUUUCACCAUUUCCAAAAAAAAAGUUUUUCUUCAGUUUUUGUCUAAAUUUUAUUGUAGUUGAAGGUUUUCACACCUACCACGAUUUAUGUGUAUUAAAUUUUUUUUGUUUCUGAAAAGAUUUGUUUCCAAUAAACUU